AUGGUUUUUAAAGCACGCAAAAAAUGUCUAUUCGUAAUUUUGGUGCAGCUUAUAAGCCUCGCGAUAGUGCCGAUCGUAGGCCAAACGACUCAAAAUAUAAAUAUUCUUUUGGUCAACGAAGUGGACAACAAUUUGGCUAACGUGGCAGUAGAAGUCGCACUAAACUAUGUAAAAAAAAAUCCUCAACUAGGACUCUCGGUAGAUAUGAUAUACGUUGAAGGAAACCGCACCGACUCGAAGGAUCUUCUACAAUCAUUAUGUUCAAAGUACAGUCAAUCUUUGAGCGACAAUCGACCGCCACAUUUACUGCUCGAUACAACGCUCACUGGCGUGUCGUCCGAAACGGUCAAAUCAUUCAGUCUUGCUCUUGGAAUACCGACCGUUUCUGCUUCUUUUGGACAGGAAGGUGAUCUUCGCCAAUGGAGAGAUUUGACCCCAACGAAGCGUGGAUAUCUCCUACAGGUCAUGCCACCUGCUGACAUGAUUCCUCAAGUGAUUCGUUCGAUCAUCAUCCACAUGAACAUCACAAACGCUGCAAUCCUUUAUGACCAUACAUUCGUGAUGGAUCAUAAAUAUAAGGCUCUAUUGCAAAACAUACCGACACGGCACGUUAUCACCAGCAUCGCGGAUGAACGCGAUCGAGCUAGUCAGAUUGAAAAGCUUCGCAACUUAGACAUUAAUAACUUUUUUGUUCUUGGCUCUUUGGCAUCAAUUAAGCAAGUGUUGGAAUCUGCAAAAAACGACUACUUUGAGCGAAACUUUGCAUGGCAUGUUAUUACGCAAGAACAAAAAGAUCUUACGUGCAACGUUGAGAAUGCAACAAUUAUGUUUCUCCGACCGAUUUCGGACAGUUCGAGCAAAGAUCGGCUGGGCAGCAUUCGUACAACGUACAACCUGAAGCAGGAACCACAAAUUACCGGAUUCUUUUACUUCGAUCUAACAUUACGUGCCCUAAUUGCCAUAAAAAACAUUCUACAAUCAGGAUCUUGGCCAUCGAACAUGAAGUACAUUACUUGCGAGGACUACGACGGCACUAAUACACCGAAUCACACAAUCGAUCUUAAAACAGCAUUCAUCGAAGUAACAGAGCCAACCACUUUCGGACCGUUCGAAAUACCUAAAGGAGCCAAGAUCCCGUUCAAUGGUAAUAGUUACAUGAAAUUUGACAUGGACAUUAACGCUGUUUCGAUUCGUAGCGGAGCAUCAGUCAAUACACGAAGCCUUGGAACCUGGGAAGCUAGUCUUAACGCCCCGAUCAGCGUGGCCAACGAGGCAGACAUAAAAAAUCUUACAGCAGACGUCGUAUAUCGUGUAUAUACAGUCGUGCAAGCACCAUUUAUUAUGCGUGACCUGACAGCACCAAAAGGAUUUAAGGGCUAUUGCAUUGAUCUGCUAAACAAAAUUGCCGAGAUCGUUGAGUUUGACUACGAAAUCCGUGAAGUCGAGGAUGGAAAGUUUGGAAACAUGAACGAAAACGGAGAAUGGAAUGGCAUCGUGCGAAAACUGAUCGACAAACAAGCUGAUAUCGGGCUUGGUUCAAUGUCAGUUAUGGCCGAGCGUGAGACAGUGAUCGAUUUUACCGUGCCGUACUACGAUCUUGUUGGAAUUAGCAUCAUGAUGCAGCUGCCUAGUACCCCAAGUUCGUUGUUUAAAUUUUUAACUGUACUCGAAACCAACGUGUGGCUAUGCAUCCUAGCCGCAUAUUUCUUUACCAGCUUUCUCAUGUGGAUCUUCGACCGGUACAGUCCGUAUAGCUACCAAAACAAUCGUGAAAAGUACAAGAACGAUGACGAAAAGCGGGAAUUCAACAUUAAAGAAUGUUUAUGGUUUUGUAUGACCUCACUCACACCUCAAGGAGGUGGAGAAGCGCCAAAAAAUUUGUCCGGACGCUUGGUAGCCGCAACCUGGUGGUUAUUUGGUUUCAUCAUUAUUGCUUCGUAUACAGCCAAUUUGGCCGCAUUUCUAACUGUAUCACGAUUGGACACUCCCGUGGAAUCUUUGGAUGAUUUGUCUAAGCAAUACAAAAUUCUCUAUGCCCCGUUGAAUGGAUCGUCCGCGAUGACAUACUUCCAGCGCAUGGCUGACAUUGAGGCUAAGUUUUAUGAAAUAUGGAAGGAAAUGUCACUCAAUGACUCCCUGACGGCAGUAGAACGAUCAAAGCUCGCUGUGUGGGAUUAUCCCGUAAGCGACAAGUACACCAAAAUGUGGCAAGCCAUGCUCGAGGCAGGUUUACCAAACAGCCUAGAAGAGGCAGUACAACGGAUACGUAACUCGACAUCAGCAUCCGGAUUUGCGUUUUUGGGCGACGCAACCGAUAUUCGUUACCAGGUGCUCACCAAUUGCGACCUUCAAAUGGUUGGAGAAGAAUUUUCUCGCAAACCAUACGCUAUUGCCGUGCAGCAAGGUUCCCCAUUAAAGGACCAGUUCAACAACGCCAUUUUGAUGUUGCUUAACCGCCGUGAACUGGAAAAACUAAAGGAACAAUGGUGGAAAAACGAUGACGUGCAGAACAAGUGCGAGAAGCCUGACGAUCAAUCAGACGGCAUCUCGAUACAGAACAUUGGUGGCGUAUUUAUCGUAAUAUUUGUUGGCAUUGGAAUGGCAUGCAUUACCCUUCUGUUUGAGUUCUGGUACUACAAAUAUCGCAACAAUGGCAAAGUGAUCGACAUCGUGGAAUCAUCAGAGCAGCAGCAACAGCGAAACAAUACAAUCGUCAAAAACGUUCGUCCGGCGGGAAAACUGACCAAACAGGACUCAUUAAGGGAUACAACAAAAGGCCAAACAUAUCAAACCCUCCGAACGCGUACCUUGAUACCAAACCUUAGCAAAUUUCAACCACGAUUUUAA